GGAAAUGAUCCUUUCGGGCGCGCAUCGCGUUUUGUCUAAUGCCCGCCGGGUUUAAGUACCCUGUGUCGGUUUUGACGCGGUCGCGCCCUUCGUUGAUAUCGCGGCCACGCCAUCGUUGAAGAGCCCAGCGCGGGCACGGCGUUGCAGGACAAGGAGGAGAAGGGAAAGGGCGCGAUCGAGUUCAGUGACAAUUGUUGAACCCAUGGCGAGCGCGGGGGUCUUACGUGGCGCUUGUCCGGCGGCUAUGGCUGCGGCGUGCGUGGCGCCGUCUAGCUCUGGUUCUCACCCGACCGCAUGUUCGACAGGAGGGGGGGUUGGCGUGCGGGGAGCAGCUAGAAUAUGCGACUUCGCGGGACUGCGUGCCAAAGGAGCUGCUGUGGACAGGGGAUCGUUCAUGGGGACUUGGUCGACGGAGCAAUCGGCGAGGAGGAGGUUUGGGCACGUGCGUAAGGGCGAGAGUCGACAGCGAGAAGGGGUCGUGGCGAAGGUUCGGGAGAUUUUCAUGCCGGCGCUUAGCUCGACGAUGACGGAGGGGAAAAUUGUUUCAUGGCUGAAAAGCGAAGGGGACAAGCUUGCGAAAGGAGAGAGUGUGGUUGUGGUCGAGUCCGAUAAGGCUGACAUGGACGUCGAGACGUUCUACGAGGGAAUCUUGGCGGCGGUGGUCGUGGGCGAGGGGGAGGUUGCGCCGGUCGGUGCGGCCAUUGGGGUAUUGGCGGAGACGGAAGAGGAGCUGAGCGAGGCACGAGCGAGGGCGGCGAAACUUGGCGGGGUCGGGGGCGGGGGCGGCGAGUCCGCGGGCAACGGAGGGGCGCAAGUGGCGGCGGAACCGACGGCGCCAGCUCCGGAGCCCGUCCCUGUUCUCGCGUCUGUGGGCGCAUCGCCCGCGACGGCGACGGUGGCGGCGCCCGCUCCGCCGCCCGCGCCUGUCGUGUCCACUCACCCCUCCGCCGUGGGGGGGAGGAUCGUCGCGACUCCAUACGCCAAGAAGCUUGCCAAGGAGUUUCAGGUUGAUCUCCACACUGUGAGAGGAUCAGGGCCGUUAGGUCGCAUCGUUGCGGCGGACGUGGAGGCCGCGGCUGGAAGACCGCCCUCCGCGGCGGUGGCUGCGCCUCCUGCGUCUCCGUCGCCCUCCGCCGCUCCUUCCGCUCCUCGUGCUCCCGCCGCCGCCGCGCCAGCUGUCUUGGGCACCACCGUCCCGUUCACCACAAUGCAGGCGGCUGUCGCGCGCAAUAUGGUCGCCAGCUUGUCCGUCCCGACGUUCCGAAUCGGCUACACCAUCAACACGGAUGCCUUGGACGCGCUCUACAAGCAGAUAAAGUCGAAGGGCGUCACAAUGACAGCUAUGCUUGCUAAAGCGGUUGCUUUGGCACUUGCAAAGCAUCCGGUUGUCAAUGCGUGCUGUAAGGAUGGGAAGUCGUGCACCUUCAACAGCGAUGUCAAUGUUUGUGUAGCGGUGGCCAUCGACGGUGGUUUGUUGAUCCCUGUCCUUGAGAAGGCCGACAAGGUGGACGUCUACUCAUUGUCUCGGAAGUGGAAAGAGCUCGUGGAAAAGGCAAGGGCGAAGGAGCUCUCCGGAAAUUUCAGUGCAGGAACAUUUACUGUCUCGAACCUCGGGAUGUUUGGCGUUGAUAGAUUUGAUGCAAUCUUAACUCCCGGCCAGGGUGCUAUUAUGGCUGUUGGAUCAUCUCGGCCAACUGUUGUAGCAACGGAUGAUGGAAUGUUCUGUAUCAAGCGGCAGAUGCAGGUCAAUGUGACAGCCGAUCACCGGAUAAUCAAUGGUGCCGAUUUGGCGGCGUUCCUCCAAACAUUUGCAGGCAUCGUUGAGAAUCCGUCACAGCUUACCCUUUAGUUGACGUGUGCUGGUGUGUGACACUGAGGGGCUGUUGGGUUGCAGAGCAGAGAUUGAGGGAAAAUGGGAUGCGAUCUUAUGUAAGCCGGAAGUUGCAUUCAAUCAGUGAUGCUGGUAGAAGCUAGCAAUCCUGGGUGCUCUCAUCUUUGCUCUUGGCUCGUUUUUCCUGCGCAGAGCAGAGCUCAAAUUGUCCCCUCAGAAGCUAGGUAAGUCAUGUUAGUGAACUGUACCAGUUUGUUGUUGUAGACUUUGAACUUCAGUUGUAGAUCAGCUCUUUGUGCCACUUGCUUCUCUCUCUCUCUCUCUCUCUCUCUCUCUCUCUCUCUCUCUCUCUCUCUCUCUCUCUCUCUCGCACACACACACACAUGCCCAGGCCAGUUCAUUGGUGGAAUACAUCGCUGGAGGAUGAAUUAGGGUGUGGUGUGUGCUUUGUGCGUGUGUGUGUGUGUGUUCAAUCUGUGCUUGGCCUUGUGUGUACUGAGAACUAUUAAAACCAAGUGGUUUUUGUAAGGUGGUUUACUUUGUGAUUGCCAGUUGGGUCAAUGUGUAAGGAUGGGUUUAUUGUGUAGAGAGACUCCUUGAGUGGGGUUUGGUGUAGCUAGUGAAUUUGAGGACUAGAGACGGUGAGAUAGUUGGAUUGGUGCACUCACUGGCUUGGCUGAUAGUGCAGUUGGGCUGAUGGAUACUUGUGAUGCGUGAAGAUUGGCGUUGUGGCUUAUUUGGCCAGCAAAGCUUGACAGGUCACCUUGCUGUAGAAAGCCGGAGGGGAAAAGGAUCUAUUUUGCUUGGAGUACACGAGAGCGGUUUGCCAUUUGUUGCCUCUUGGUCGUAUGGCCUUGGGCUGGUAGUCUUUCUGUCGACGAUGUCAUGUCAGAGGGAAGCGAGAAGGGCAGUAUUGCCUGUGGUGGUUGCCAAUUGGCAUGCCAGUAUUGUCAUGUCAGUGAGAGGGGUCGGCAAUUUCACAUUAUUCUUCGUUUGGCGAUGACACCCAUCUGAUGCAGAUGCAGUGAUGCUUAGCAAUUCUUUGUUUUCCUUCUUUGUAGACUAUAUCAUCUUUUUCUACUGAAGAUGUUAUUUUGUUUAUCUACAUGUGCCUUUUGAGCUCAAGUUCCAAGGGAGUGCUUGUAUGACCCGCGUGUGCGUGUUGCCCUUUGGCUCGGAUGGAGCUCUCUCAAACACUGAACUCAAAUUGUUUUUUUCUGUCAAUGAGCGUUGCGGGAGAGGAAGCUGUGGUGGCUGCCGAUUGGCAUGCCAGUAUUGUCAUGUCGGUGAGAGGGGUCGGCAAUGUCACAUUAUUCUUUGUUUGACGAUGACACCCAUCUUAUGCAGACGCAGUCAUGCUUAGCAAUUGCUUUUUUUUUUUUUUUUUUUUUUUUUUUUUUUGUAGACUAGAUCAUUUUCUACUUAACAAGUUAAUAUGUUAUACUUAAUAAGUUAAUAUGUUAUUUAAACUUAUUUUGUUUAUCUACAUGUGCCUUUUGAGCUCAAGUUCUAAGGGAGUGCUUGUAUGACCUGCUUGUGCGCGUUGCCCUUCGGCUCGGAUGGAGCUCUCUCAAACAAUGAACUCAAUUGUUUUUUUUCCGGCAAUGAGCGUUGUGGGAGAGGAAGCUGUUAGUGAACAGACGGAUAGAUGUGGCGAUUGCAUUUCAUAAUUUGGAUUUUAAUUACCCCAUUUGGUGAAACAAUUAACUCAAUUGCUUUUUUUCGGCAAUGAGCGUUGUGGGAGAGGAAGCUGUUAGUGAACAGACAGAUAGAUGCGGCGAUUGCAUUUCGUAAUUUGGAUUUCGACUACCCCGUUUGGUGAAACAAUGAACUCAAUUGUUCUUCCGUCAAUGAGCGUUGCGGGAGAGGAAGCUGUUAGUGAGCAGACAGAUGCGGCGAUUGCAUUUUGUGACUUUUGGAUUUUGAUUACCCCAUCUGGUGGGUGACACUGGAUGUCGGUUCAAGUGCAUUAUCUU